AUGGCGCCAACCUACCGCCUCCGCCCGGGCACUUUCUCCGACAUCCCAGCCGUCUCGAACCUGUACGUCCAGGGCUUCGACAAAGAGCCGCUUCUCGACUACAUGUUUCCUGGACGCCGCGUUAACCGGGCCCCCUUUGAUACGUGGAUCCUUCGCCGUUUUCGGCUUAGGUACUGGACCUCGGGGUACUUUCUCACCAUGGUCUUUGCAUGUGACGAGGACGAGGACGGCAUUGAUGGCGAUGAUGAUGCAGAGGAGAAGGGAGAAAUCGAGAAAUCUCGACAAAGGCAAGAAAAGGGCCGACCUGUAGGCUUUACCUGGUGGCACCGCCCCGCCGAGUCACUCCCUUUCCGCGAGCGCUGGCUCUCCCCGUAUGCCUGGUUCCGCCCGGUAAUCUCCACCAUCCUCACCCUUCAUUCGCGCCUCUUCCCCAUCUCGUCCAUUGACCCGUACCCUCUCGGCAUCUACGACCGUGUCUUCGCCAAAAUCGAACCCGAGAUCCUGAACUCCUCGCGCCGUCGCGCCGCUUGGUACCUCGCCACCGUGGCCGUUGACCCGGCUGUCCAGGGCCACGGCGUGGGUGCCUUGCUUGUUCGAGAUGGCCUGCGUAAGGCGGACCACGAGGGCGUUGCGACUUGGCUCGUUGGCUUGCGCGGGCUGGAGAGGUUCUACAGCCGGUUUGGAUUUUUGGAGGUCGGGAGAGCUAAUGUAGGUGAGUUGAAGGAUUGGGAAGGGGGGUCUAUUAUGUUUAGAGGCGAGUGA